AUGUUGAUCAGGUCGCUGGGCAAGUGCAGCUUGGGCACUGUGAGCACUGUCGAUGCGCCAGGGUGCUUGGCACGCUGCUGGGCAAGUGCGGGGGCCGGGACGCUGAGUGUAUGCGCGCAAAAUUGCCUGACCCCAGGGGGGAUUGAACUCAUGACCUGCUGGUUGCUCUGGGCUCAUAACCUAUGAAGGAACAAUAUACCACUGCACCAAAAGGCGAGGCACCUCUACUUCAGUGAGCGCAUAUUGUCCUAGAAGUGAGAUGGAGCGAAGUUCAACACAAGCUUCGUCGGCUUGUGAACAAGGUGCGGUUCCCAGGGAGGGAGGACCGUGUCAAGCGUUUCCCUGAUGGGACUUCUCAGAGCGAUAGGAAGCGCUUCUGGAGAUGGCUUCAUGACCGGUUCGCGUCUGCUGUCGAGCAGGACACCCACUGGCGGCUCAUGUACGACGUGACGCCGACGCGCAAGAGGCAGCAUACUCAGGGUCAUGCCUCUUCGCCGACGUGUCUGUUCUGUGGCAACGAUGCAGCGGUCAUCGAGACGGUGUCCCACUACUUUUUCGAGUGCGCGUACUCGACCAGCUUCUGGGGUGGGGUGCUACGCAUUCUGCUUGACAAGCUCGGCAUCGAGGAUACCGACGUCGAUCCGUCGACGUUCACUCCGGAGCAGCUGACUAUGGGGCUCCCCCUUUUGCGGGGUCGUGGGAGAACGACCUCGAAAUGGAUGUGGGUUCGGCUGGCCUGCGCGAUCGGUUUCCAGCGGCUGCACCUGCUCCGCUGGCGCGUUCAUCAGCGGUUCGAGCUGGACAACGUCGUGGCCCCUCCCUCGCUUCCCAGUGCGCUCAGAGCGUUCGAGCGAGAUUGA